AUCCCUUUCAUAUCUCCAUCUCCACGUGGCAUUACAUCCUUCAUUACUGCCAGGUUUUAGUACUAUCCCUUUCAAUCCUCUGCUCAAUCUGUUCUCAAACCCAAACGGGAUUGUCAUUAAUUUCGCCCUGGGUUUGAUACAUACAAACUACAGAAAUCCCUGUUCAGGUUUGAUCGGAAUUCCAAUGGAUUCCCGACAGAGGGGAAGGGCUCGCCUCAACAAGUACGCCCUUGCCUGUGCCCUUUUGGCUUCCACCAACUCCGUUCUAUUGGGUUAUGAUAUUGGUGUCAUGAGCGGCGCUGCGCUUUUCAUCAAAGAAAACUUCAGGAUUUCAUCAGUUCAGGAGGAGGUUUUGGUGGGUUCUUUGAAUGUCUUCUCCUUGAUCGGUUCAUUAGCCUCCGGCAAGACUUCCGACUGGAUUGGGCGGCGCUACACCAUUGUCUUGGCGGCAGCGACCUUCUUCAUUGGCGCUCUUCUAAUGGGCCUCGCCCCAUCUUACCCCUUUCUCGUUGCCGGACGGGUCGUCUCUGGCGUUGGAGUAGGUUAUUCUCUCAUGAUUGCUCCGGUUUACACUGCGGAGGUUUCUCCCGCCGUAACCCGCGGCUUCUUGACCUCCCUCCCGGAAGUAUUCAUCAAUGUGGGAAUUUUACUAGGAUACAUCGUCAACUACGGAUUAUCCGGUCUUUCGCCGCGCAUCAACUGGCGGCUGAUGCUCGGCCUCGCUGCCGUCCCUGCCGUCGCCAUUGCCUGCGGCGUCAUGGCCAUGCCGGAGUCGCCACGGUGGCUGAUCAUGAAAGGGCGGACGCGAGAGGCCAAAAGGGUGCUCCGAAGAACCUCGGAGAGCGAAGAAGAGGCGGAGGCGAGACUCGAAGAGAUCACCAAAGCCGCUGCAUCAAGUCAAGAAAAUCUAGCUUCUAGUAGUUGGCAUGGGCAAGGUGUUUGGAAGGAGCUGUUGAGACCUUCAAGGCCGCUCCGUCGCAUUCUGGUGGCGGCUAUAGGGAUCAACUUCUUCAUGCAGGCCUCCGGCAACGACGCGGUGGUGUACUACACGCCGGAAGUGUUCAAAGCCGCCGGAAUCCACAACCGGAGAGGCCUCGUUGGGGUGACAGUCAUCAUGGGGAUAGCCAAGACCUCCUUUGUUUUGAUAUCUGCACUUUUCUUGGACCAUUACGGGCGGAGGCCUCUACUGAUAUUGGGCUCAAUGGGGAUGGCAGUCUCCCUCUCCGGGCUCGGUCUCGGGUCCAAAUUUCUUGAGCACAGAACCCAUAAACCUACUUGGGCCAUAGCAUUGUGCGUGCUGACAGUUUGUGCUGAUGUUUCGUUCUUCUCGAUCGGGCUCGGGCCUAUUACGUGGGUGUAUUCCUCCGAGAUUUUCCCGAUGCGAUUGAGGGCGCAGGGUGCUGCUUUGGCGGUGUCGGUGAACAGGCUGGUGAGUGGGGUGGUGGCCAUGACGUUUCUCAGCAUUUCAAAGAAGAUUAGCUUUGGGGGAACAUUUUUUGUGCUUGCUGGGAUUAUGGCCGUAGGGACCGUUUACUUUUACUUCUUACUGCCUGAGACGAGAGGCAAGAGUUUGGAGGAGAUCGGGGAGUUGUUCGAGGACAAAGAGCGGCCUUGUGAUGCUCGAAAAUCGUAGUAGUAAGACAAAGUUGUUUUUGUAGAAAAUUUGUGGAAAAUGAGGAAGAGUGAGUUCAUUGUAUAAAUAUAUUUAUCUUUAGGUUCAAUUCUAUUUACUACCUUAUAUGUUAGUGCUGCAUGAGUGGUAA